GAGUCCCCCGCUUCCAGAAGGAAGGUUCCAUUCCCCUGUGAAAGCUGUGGUUUCUGGUGGCAACGAGCUGCCUGCUCAUUCCUUCCUGUUAGAGAAGAGGCACGGGGGGGGGAGUGGGGGUCACACAGCAUCGCGACAGUUUGCACCCAUAAAAUAGGACAGGAGCUUUUUUAUUUAUUGUUCAAAGAUGCUCACACAGGAUGGUAAAAUCUGUUUAUAAAAAGUUGUAACUUUUGAAGGAAAAUUGGGACAAAUGAACCCCCCGUAUUGGCUUCGGGGGGAGUCCUGUGGAUUUUAUUUCUAUUGCCAAUAAGACAUUGCCUUCUGCACCCCCCUUUCAACUUGAAUCCUCUCUCAAAGCGGCGGCUCGACAUCGUUGACCCGCAGGCUUCGCGUUGAGUCCGACGUCCCGCUCAUAGUAAGAGCUUCAAGACCAGAGCUUGGAUGUCCUGAUCCCCGCUAACCCCCCCCCUCCCUCAGUCCCCAGUGAGCCGCAGAGGUGUCUGGUUACCCGAGUCCAGACUGAAGAGUUAUUUAAAUAGGUGACGAUGUGGACGAUUUAUAUCCGCGCUGCGUAAAGUUGUUGUCGCAUGCCGGCGUCACGGAGCCAGACGACCCCGUCGGUUUCUCCGCUGCGUUGCCUCCCUCCUCACCCGCAUCUCAAGCCUGUGGUCGCGCACCUUUUUUAACGCAAUCUCUGGUAUGAGAUUUCAGCUGGCGUGUCGGUGGUUUCCAGCCCGUGGACAGUUGGCGAUUCCCUGCCGGUGGAACCCGAGCCACGUUGGACUCUGUUAAACACACAUCAGGUUAAAGUGAGGCGGCUUUUUUGCCACGAUUGAAACGUAUCAGACGCGCCAAUGAUUCGUCCUCUUGUUCACUGGAAGCCCCCCCCGCCUCCCUCGUGUGAAGACAUCCGUCCUACUGGUAAACGGUGAGGGGAAAGAGAUCCCCACCACCAACUCUCCAUCCAGCGCAGACACGGUGUCGGUUCCACGCGCACGGUGAAUUAUUCAUCGGGACACGUCUUGCGGUGUCGAGCACGGAUGCGGAGAUGUGCCUUUCAACGAGGUUUAGAGGUGUAGCCGGCCUUCCGUGAGGCUUGACUCCACCGCGCUGCGUCAUAGACCUGUUUGCUGUCCGCUGACCCUCAGAGACGCUCGCAGGCCCUGUGCGUUCAUAACAGCAUCAACACGAUAACAUCUCCACUGCGGCGAUGGAGUGUAAUCCGCAAGCUCCCUUUGUAGCUUCGUCUUUGUUUUCCCACUGACCGUGACUCAGACUUCUCUGUGGGUGUGUGCAUUUUGUAAUCGUUUUUCACAGCGCUACGAGUGGGGGAGGUAAUGGUAGAUGUAGUUACGGGUGGUGUCCUGUUGCCCGAGAGAUGAGAUCGGGUUUUUAGAAAAGAUGUUUAACGAUCAGUUUUUACCUGCUGGUUUCCCCCUCGGGUGCCAGGCACCGCUAGCUUGAGCCACCUGGGAGAAGAUUUGACUUCGGCAUUCCUUGUGAGAAAGGGUUUACUUUUUUUUGACAAAACUAAGCUCAAGCUUCACCACGUUGAGAGAUUUUGAGGGGAACUGUAACUCCUCUGAAUGUGUUACGGGCAGUUUAACGCGGCACCAACAACAAGUCCUUUCGGCGCGUGCGUGGGAGUGAAUGAUCGCGCGUGCUCUGGUUUGUCCUCUUCCUGGAAAGGUAAAGGCGCCUGCGGCGGGGCCUCCCUCGGGGUUUCACCUUGCGCAACAGGCCCCCGCGGGGCCGCCUCUUUCGCGGAACCACCUGCCAUUCACCUCCUCAUUCCGACGCACUCUGUGCCGACGGCCCCCGGCUGAACCCGACACGGCCCGGGACGAAGCGCGCCGCGGCGACGUGGUGCCUCUCGAUCCGCUCGGCCCUCUGUGGCGCCUCCUGUCUCUUCCCUCGCUGCCCCCGUCUCAUACAAAGAGAUGUCUCUUAUCGCCGCCUCUGCAGCGUGCUGAAGUCAUCUCCUGCUCUGUCGGAGCUGACACAACCGUGCUAUCCUCUGCCCCCCUCCACACACACACACACACACAGAUAAAUACAAUAUCUGUUGUUCCUGCUUCCUGCCCAUGCUGUCAUCACGCAGCUGCUGAAUGAGAUAUGGUCCAGCUUCCAUCUGUCAAAGACACCUCAACGUGAUCCAGAGUGACUCACGCUGACAGCUGCUGCUGGCCGGGGCUCCGGCGCCGCCGGCACCAUGAGGCGCGGGACCAGCCUGCAGAGCCGGCGCAGCAAAGGCUCCGGCAGCGGAGACCGCGACCCUCUCCUGCGGGGCAGCCCCCAGGCCCCGCACCGCCGCCACACCCACGACCCGCAGCAGCACACCAGCCGGCCGCGCUCCUCCUCCACCAGCGACACCGCGCCCAGCAGCCCCAAGCCCGGGUACACCGGAGGCGACGUGGUGCUGUCGUCAGGGUACCAGUCCACGGAGGAGACCGACAGGAUCGACCGGCUGGAGGUGAGCGGGCUGGUCCAGGCGCCCGCUGUGGCCGUGUCGUGCGCGGCGGACGGUUCGCUCCCGGGCGGCGAGGACGGGACCCCCGACCCUCAGCGCACGAAGCAGGCCAUCGCCCAGCUGCAGCAGAAAAUCCUCAAGCUCACCGAGCAGAUCAAGAUCGAGCAGACGGUCCGGGACGACAACGUGGCGGAGUACCUCGAACUGGCCAACAAUGCAGACAAACAGCAGAGCGCACGCAUCAAACAGGUUUUUGAGAAAAAGAACCAGAAGUCGGCGCAGAGCAUCCAGCAGCUGCAGAGGAAACUGGAGCAUUACCACCGGAAGCUGCGGGAAGUGGAGCACAACGGCAUCCCGCGGCAGCCCAAGGACGUCCUGCGGGACAUGCAGCAGGGCCUGAAGGGCGUCGGAGCCAAGGUCACGGGCUUCAGCGAGGGCGUGGUGGACAGCGUCAAGGGCGGCCUCUCCAGCUUCUCCCAGGCCACCCACUCCGCCGCCGGGGCCGUGGUCUCCAAGCCCCGGGAGAUCGCCUCGCUCAUCCGCAACAAGUUCGGCAGCGCCGACAACAUCCCGUCGCUCAAAGACUCCCUGGACGACCCGUCGGGGGAGGAAGGCGUGGCGGGGGCCGGCGGACGCUCUCUGGGCAGCGCCGGGCACCACCUCCAGCCGAGUCCCAGGUACGGCAGCGAGGACGACUGCUCCAGCGCCACGUCGGGCUCGGCGGGGGCCAACAGCACCACGGGGGCCCCCGGGGGUCCCCCGAGUUCCAAGGGCAACACACUGGAGAGGAGCCAGAGCUCCAGCUUGGAUAUGCUGCUGCAGGAGGUGCAGGAGAUGAGGGAGGGCCAGGCCAGGCUGGAGGAGAACCUGGACAGUUUGAAGAGCCACUACCAGAGAGACUACACGGUGGUUAUGCAAGCUCUGCAGGAGGAGCGCUUCAGGUGUGAGCGUCUGGAGGAGCAGCUGAACGACCUGACGGAGCUUCACCAGAACGAGAUCCUCAACCUGAAACAGGAGCUGGCCAGCAUGGAGGAGAAGAUCGCCUACCAGUCCUACGAGAGAGCCCGAGACAUCCAGGAGGCGUUGGAGGCGUGUCAGACGCGGAUCUCCAAGAUGGAGCUGCAGCAGCAGCAGGCGGUCCAGUUGGAGGGGCUGGAGAACGCCACGGCCCGAACCCUCCUGGGGAAGCUCAUCAACGUGCUGCUCGCCCUCAUGGCCGUCCUCCUGGUCUUCGUCUCCACCGUGGCCAACUGCGUGGUGCCGCUGAUGAGGACGCGCUCGCGCUCGCUCUCCACCCUCCUCCUCAUCCUGCUGCUGGCCUUCCUGUGGAGGAACUGGGAGGCCCUCUCUGGGUUCACGCACCGCGCCCUGCAGCCGCCGGGGUGACCGCGUCCCGCCGCUGCCGGUGUCAACCGGCGAUGCAACUUUAGCUUGCGCCCCCCCCCCACCCGCGCAGGAAGUUUUGAGGGGGGACCGCGGUCGGGCCCGUUAGCGCCGCCGCGCUCGGCCCGCGCGCGCCCUGUAGGGCGACGCGGAGUCGAGAACAAUCGAUCGUCUUUCACGAAGAACGAGACUGUUUACAUUUCUGAACAUGAACUUUGGUGUCGCUGCUCGUCGGAAUGCAGCAUUGUACUGCUUUUAUCCUUUAAUCUACUGUAAUGUUAUUAUCUCUAAUAAUAAUAUUUUAUUGUCAACGUUCUUGAAUUCAGUACCAUGUAGCAUCGCGCUCCCCCUCGCUACACGACGGGGAGCGCGAGUCAGGAAGACCGGGCCGGCGAUUUGCUCCAAAGGCCCGGUCCAAUUGUGGAGACGUGCACAUGUGACGAUGUGGUUGAUUGCCUUCAGGCGCAGAACUCGGCUCGCUAGAUUUUUCAACCGCGGGCUGAAGAAAAAAACCUUCCUGGGAGUUGCUCCUUUUCUUGCUGUGAUGAUAUCUGUUCAUACUGAAUAUUUUUUGAGAGUCAUGACGACCGGAGACUUUUUUUGCGCUUCCUCACCAUUUCUAAUCAUGUGCUUUUACUUAUUUCUUUCUUGUUCAUCAUUAUUAUUAAAAGAAGAAACCGUUUCACAAGGGAAAUAACGGAAACGCGGAGCGGGCCGGCUUCAAUGGGCCGCUCGCCAUGGUAACGGCACAUAAACACACGGGCAACAUCUGCUUAUUGUUUAGCCUCUGAUUUAAAUGCAAUGACGAAAAACGACCGUUGUCCAAGAAAAGAACCGAAUGAAUUUUCCAGGUUUAAUCGUCUCCCGCCAUGUUCGAUGUGAAGCGGCGAGGAGCGGAGAGCCCUGCUGGUGCUGAUCCAGCUCCACCUCAGCUGCUGCUUUGUAUCCACAGUGCGAGUCAUCUCCGCGUCCUGUCAGGUCCUCGAGUGAUGUCCCCCUCAGCCAGUGCCGAGAGACGGAUGAAAGACGCUCAGUCAGAAAUGUCACGAAUGUCUUGCCUGAAUGUCAAGGACCAGAUCUUCAGAUGUGUGUUCCUGAACCUCGAGAGCAGUUCCUCAGCUGGCCGUCUUUUCUUUAGUUCCUCCUCUCAUGGAGUCGAGGACCCGACGUGGUUGACCGAGCGCGUCCACCUGGUGAGAGGCUCAUUUCCCUGACUGGUUUCUGAACUGCACAGCUGCACUUUAGCUCGAUGCCGGACGACCGGGGGACCUUCUGAAGGGACACUUUGAGAGGGUCUCGCCUUUAGGACAGAAGGGAGCGAUGCGUGGAGGCGUCUCCGGUCUGGGUCGCUGUCAUCCUUGACUGGAGAUGCCCGCCCCCACCCCCCCCCCCAAAAUGAUAGAUAUCAUCGAUCUGUUUCAACAUGUCUGCCACUGCGAGAACGACCUGACAUUUCGACCUUGGCUUGACCUUGGAGUAACACUUACUGAUGUCUGGCUGGGAGGGGGGAGGGGGGGGGGGUUGUGUGCUAUGCCACCCCAGUGCCUUCUGAUGUCCUUUUGUAUUUUGUAAGUGUGGAAUAAAUCAAUUGCAUUCCCAAACUAA